UUCCCUCCAAACAUCAGCUCAAGAAGCACGAAAAAAGAUAAAGAAAACCAGGGAAAAAAGCAAAAUCACCCAAAUGAAUCGGCCAUCAAUUAACACUAAUCUACCUUGUCUGUUCAGUUUCUUCGCUUCACACCAUAUACAAGCCGAGCUUCUCCCUUGAUUGGUAUCGGAACAUGGCGACCACCAAGUUGGGGGCUACCCUGACAUGCCAUCGUCUGUUUGCUAAGCCCGCUAGGAAGCCCUCGGUUCCUUUGGCGCUCUCCGUCCCCAGAGCGGCGGCAUCGUGUUCUUCUUCCUCUCCGAGGGUCCGAGCAUUCGAUGGACGGCAGUUGUGGGUCUGGCGGCGAGUGCUCGUGAUCGCCAUGAAGGCUACUGCUGAUCAACAAGGCAAGGUAGAAGAGGGAGAAUCCGAUGUAGAAGAUAGCAAAAUUCUGCCAUAUUGCAGCAUAGACAAGAAAGAGAAGAAGUCCAUCGGUGAACUUGAACAAGAUUUUCUUCAAGCAUUACAAUCAUUUUACUAUGAAGGGAAAGCGAUCAUGUCGAAUGAGGAAUUCGACAAUCUCAAGGAAGAGCUCAUGUGGGAAGGAAGCAGCGUUGUCAUGCUAACUUCUGAUGAGCAAAAAUUUUUGGAAGCUUCAAUGGCCUACGUGUCUGGCAAUCCAAUUAUGAAUGAUCAAGAAUAUGACGACCUGAAAUUGAGACUAAAGAUUGACGGGAGCGAAAUUGUUGUCGAAGGCCCACGAUGCAGUCUCCGCAGCCGAAAGGUCUACAGUGACCUUUCUGUUGAUUACUUCAAGAUGCUUCUGUUGAAUGUCCCAGCAACUGUUAUUGCGCUAGGACUGUUCUUCUUCCUGGAUGAUAUAACUGGAUUUGAGAUUACAUAUCUUUUGGAGCUGCCAGAGCCGUUUAGUUUCAUUUUCACAUGGUUCGCGGCUGUGCCUCUCCUAGUUUGGCUGGCUCUAUCGCUGACGAAUGUGAUUGUGAAGGAUUCGCUCAUCUUAAAGGGUGCUUGCCCCAACUGCGGCACGGAGAAUGUCUCCUUCUUUGGCACCAUAUUGUCCAUCUCUAGCGGUGGUACAACUAACAAUAUCAAAUGCUCAAACUGCAGAACUGAAUUGGUGUAUGACUCGAAAACCCGGUUGAUUACAUUGCCCGAUGGAAGCCAAGCUUGAUGAGAGGGUUAAUUAUUUCUCAGAUGUACAAGAGGAAUGUGCCAAUGUGAGAUUCGCAUUCAACAUGUACCAUGUUAUGACAUGCCGAGAAAAUUGCUGCUGCGUCAUGACCUUGGUUUUGAGGAGAAGGAAACAAGACGGUUGUACAACAUCUGUUUAUAUAACAAUAAUCAAUUGCAAGUGAUGUUAAUACUUUGGAAUUCCAGUUACAUGCUGCCAGUAAAUACCCAUGACAGCAUCUUAAUUAGUAUUGAGAAAAGAGCGUACAAAUGUUCUUGUGGAUGAAAGAUCAUGUAACUAAAAGUUUUCAUAAUUCAGCCACAGUUUGCCAUAAUAAUGCUUCAACUUCUUGCUUUC